CUGAUGGAGGCCGAGGAACAGGAGGAAGAUGCCAGCUCCUUCUCAAAGGACGAAUCGGAGACUAACCCACGUGACUGCCUCCGCUAUGCGCCCCUCGGGAUAGCCUUUCUUUUGCUGGCUGGAGCUGCUGCAGCAACCUGGUAUUUCCUAGACUACAGACCAUGGCACCUGGAACCGGCCGUUCUGCAGUUUUACUCUGGCAGCCUCCAGGUCCUCAAUCGCCAAUACUCCCCAGACCUUGGGCAGGUGGAGUCCAGAGCCUUCUGGUUGGAGUCAGCUAAGCUCCAGGAGAUGCUGAAGGAACUGAUUCGUGCCACAGAGCUGGGUCGAUAUUACAACUCGAGCACAGUGUAUGCCUUUGGGGAGGGGGCUCUGACCUUCUUCUUCUGGUUUGCCCUCCAAAUCCCUGAGAGUCAGCAGAAGGAGGUGACUGCUGAGAGGGUAAACACAGUGCUCCACCAAGAGCUCUCCACCAGCUUCAACCGCUCUGGCAGCCUGUCCUACCAGACGGAGUACAGGGUCAACCCAGACUCGCUGGUUCUGCUGGAAUCCAGUGUGAAAGACAUAGUAGUGCUGAAAUCCACUCUGGGUUGCUACAGGUACAGCUAUGUCCAGGAGGAUGACGUCCUAAGGCUGGAGGGCCCUGACUACCUGGCUUCCAGUUGUCUUUGGCACCUCCAUGGCCUCAAGGGCUACAUGAUCAAGCUACGCCUGGAGUGGACUCUGCCGGACUGCAGGGACCGCCUGGCUAUGUACGAUGCAGCCGGGCCCCUGGAGAAACACCUCAUCACCUCGAUCUAUGGCUGCAGCCGGCAGGAGCCCGUUGUGGAAGUCCUUUCAUCAGGCCCUGUCAUGUCCAUUGUGUGGAAGAAAGCCAUGUACAGCUACUAUGACCCCUUCAUCCUCUCAGCGCAGGUGGUGCCCCUCAAAGCCUGCGAAGUGAAUAUAACUCUGCGGGAAGGCCUGGAGCAGCAGGGGAAGAUCGGCACCCCACACUACCCCAGUUACUACUCACCCAACACGCAAUGCACCUGGCACAUGACGGUCCCAUCCCUCAGCUAUGGGAUCACCCUGUGGUUCGAUGCCUACGCACUCAGCAGACAGAAGCAUGACCUGCCCUGUACCCAAGGCCAGUGGAUAAUUCAGAACAGAAGGUUGUGUGGCCUGCGGACCCUGCAAGCCUAUGCCGAGCGGAUCCCAGUCACAUCCUCGGCUGACAUCACCAUCGCCUUCACCUCGCAGAUCUCCUUAACAGGCCCUGGUGUACAGGCAGCUUACAGCCUGUACAACCUAUCUGACCCCUGUCCCGGGGAGUUCCUGUGUUCGGUGAACGGCUUGUGCGUCCCAGCCUGUGAUGGGAUCAAAGAUUGCCCCAAUGGGCUAGAUGAGAGAAAUUGUGUGUGCCCUGCAAAGUUCCAGUGCCGCGAGGACAGCACUUGCAUCGACAGGGUCUGCAAUCAGCAGCUGGACUGUGUCAAUGGGAGCGAUGAGGAGCAAUGCAGUGAAGGGGUCCCCUGUGGUCCUUUCACCUACCGCUGUGAAGAUGGGACCUGUGUGAGGAAACCCAACCCCCUGUGUGACACCACUGCAGACUGCAAGGACCUGUCCGACGAGAAGCGCUGUGACUGUGGGCUGCAAGCCCCUCUCAGCAGGAUCGUGGGUGGUGCAAAUUCUGUGGAAGGGGAAUGGCCGUGGCAGGCCAGCCUGCAAGUUCGGGGACGCCACAUUUGCGGGGGAACACUCAUUGCUGACCGUUGGGUGGUCUCAGCUGCGCACUGCUUCCAGGAUGAGAGACUGGCCUCCGCCUCCAUCUGGACCGUUUACUUGGGUAAAUAUUUCCAAAACACCACCGGCCACACAGAGGUGUCCUUCAAGGUGAUCCGCCUCUUCCUUCACCCUUAUUACGAGGAGGACAGCCAUGAUUAUGAUGUGGCCCUGCUCCAGCUGGACCAUCCUGUGAUAAUCUCGUCCUUAAUCCAGCCCAUCUGCUUGCCUGCUCCUUCUCACCUCUUUGAGCCUGGCCUUCAUUGCUGGAUCACUGGCUGGGGAGCCCUCAAGGAAGGUGGGCACAUCAGCAAUGUUCUACAGAAGGUGGACGUGCAGCUCAUCCAGCAGGACAUAUGCAGUGAGGCCUAUCACUACAUGAUUUCUCCCAGGAUGCUGUGUGCUGGGUACCAGAAGGGCAAGAAAGAUGCCUGCCAGGGUGAUUCUGGAGGUCCACUGGCCUGCAAGGAACCCAGUGGCAGGUGGUUUCUGGCUGGUUUGGUCAGCUGGGGAAUGGGAUGCGCACGUCCAAACCACUAUGGAGUAUACACCAGGAUCACUCAAGUGCUGAGCUGGAUGAACCAAACCAUGAGCUGA